UGGAACUCAAACUUUGUUUUGUCAUUAGGUUAUGGUGGUGUUACUUGACGAUGAGUGGACUUCUUUUUAUAUCAGAGAAAUGCAACAACCUUCUAACUUCACCAAGACAAGUAAGCAUAUUUGUCUUCAGUUCUAUAUUUAUAUAUAUCUAAUCUCCUUCAUGAAACAAAUGGAGUAGGUUUUCUGCGCUUGCUGUUAAGUUGUAUCCAGCCACACAAUCCGUGGGCAUCCUCCUUGGCAUGGGUGGUGGCCAAUCUUCUUCAGUGAGCCUGGGACCCUGUGAACAGUAUUACACAACAGUAACCCUGCAAAAGAUUUGGGUAUCUAAGAGCUGAGGCCCAACUGGUGAUCGGUGGUCAAGGGCAACAGGAGGAGCCAUGGAGAUUGGCUCUCCUUAAAAGACUGGUGGAUGUGGAUCAGAACAGCCCGGGAGAAGCAAAAGGAGAGCCUUGCUUGCAGGCAUGCACUUGCCCAGUUGUCCUCUUCCUCUGUCCUCAUUUAUAUUGUGCGGGUUUGUUUCAGCUGUUUUCCCUUCAGAGAGAGAGAGAGAGAGAGAGAGCUAGUGCUCCUAGGAGGGGGGGGGGGGAGGGGUUGAAGAUCACAUGGUGACCUUUUUUUGGGUAUGUGACAGCUUCUUCCUUUAGUCUUUUAGUGCUUCCUUUUAUCUCCUCUUCCUCAUGAAACCCCUUUCAAAACCUCAUAGCCUCAUCAGCUGAUCACUGAGUGCCUUCUCCUUCUCCUCCUCCUUUAAGAACCCUCUUCCCUGCCCAUCCUUUUCUUCAUCCCCUCAACUUUGCCUAAAAGGCAAGAACAAAGCCAUAUGAUUCUCUGAUCCCUUCUUCCAAGCUGCAUCCCAACACAACACAUUGUGGUGACACAGCAAACAUAAUAUACACACAUCCUCUUCUUCUUCUACCACCCUCCAUAUUCCUGCAAGAAACAACUGGAGGAAGAAUCACUACUCCAACACCAUGGAGGUUGCCAUGGUCUGCACAAGAGUUAACCUGCUCAUCCUCAUCCUUUCUCUCUGCUCCCCAUACAAGUUUAUACAGAGCCCCAUGGACUUUGGCCCUUUGAACCUCCUUCCCACCACCACCACUGCAUCCAGUGACUUUGGUAGAAUCCUCUUCCACUCCCCAUCUGCAGUUCUAAAGCCCCAAGCUCCAAGGGAUAUAUCCCUGCUUCUCAGCUUCCUCUCUGCCUCACCUCUUGGCAAGGUGACGGUGGCAGCCAGGGGAGCAGGUCACUCCAUCCAUGGACAGGCACAGGCCCUUGAUGGCAUUGUAGUGGAGAUGAGCUCCUUGCCUUCUGAGAUUGAAUUCUACAGAAGAGGAGAAGGAGAUGUUUCUUAUGCUGAUGUGGGUGGUGGAAUCAUGUGGAUUGAGCUUCUGGAGCAGAGCUUGAAGCUUGGGCUGGCUCCAAGGUCUUGGACUGAUUACCUCUAUCUCACCAUUGGUGGAACCUUGUCCAAUGCUGGCAUCAGUGGGCAGACAUUCAAGCAUGGACCUCAGAUUAGCAAUGUUCUACAGCUGGAAGUAGUCACAGGCAGGGGUGAGAUUGUGACCUGUUCACCCACCAAGGAUGCAGAGCUAUUCAAUGCUGUUCUUGGAGGCCUUGGGCAGUUCGGCAUCAUUACUAGGGCAAGGAUCCUGCUGCAGGAAGCUCCACAGAAAGUGAAGUGGGUUAGAGCCUUCUAUGAUGAUUUCGCCACCUUCACCAAAGACCAGGAGUUGCUGGUGUCAAUGCCGGUUUUGGUGGACUAUGUGGAAGGUUUCAUCGUGUUGAAUGAGCAAUCCCUUCACAGCUCCUCCAUUGCCUUCCCUACAAAUGUUGACUUCAACCCAGAUUUUGGCACCAAGAACAACCCUAAGAUCUACUACUGCAUAGAGUUUGCUGUCCACGAUUACCAGAACAAGAACAUCAAUGUGGAACAGGUCGUGGAAGUCAUCUCAAGGCAGAUGAGCCACAUAGCAUCCCACUUGUAUAGCGUGGAGGUGUCCUACUUUGAUUUUCUCAACAGGGUUAGGAUGGAGGAGAUGAGCCUUAGGAACAGUGGGCUCUGGGAGGUGCACCAUCCAUGGUUGAACAUGUUCGUGCCAAGCGCUGGGAUUAGUGACUUCAGGGACCUGCUCAUGGACAGCAUCUCACCGGAUAACUUCGAGGGCCUCAUCCUCAUCUACCCACUCCUCAGACACAAGUGGGACACCAACACGUCGGUCGUGUUACCGGACUCCGGGUCGACGGACCAGGUGAUGUACGCGGUGGGCAUCCUCCGGUCGGCGAACCCCGACGACGGGUGCUCCCACCACUGCCUCCAGGAGCUCCUCCUCCGCCACCGCCGCCUCGCCGGCGCCGCCGCGUCGGGCCUCGGCGCGAAGCAGUACCUCGCCCACCACCCGACCCCGGCCGGCUGGCGCCGCCACUUCGGCCGGCGGUGGGAGCGGUUCGCCGAUCGCAAGGCCCGGUUCGACCCGAGGUGCAUCCUCGGGCCAGGCCAGGGUAUAUUCCCCAGGGACAGCAGCAGCAGCAAUGGCGCAUUUGCAAGCUAUAGCUGACACGAGAAAGUGCAGUGUAGUGCUGUGCUGUGCCGUGCCGUGCCGUGCCGUGACAGCUGGUGGUACAAUAAGAGGGGGACAUAGGAUAGGCAGGCGAGGCUAGGAGGGAGAUCUUGUUCUUUCUUUUCGAUAGCUUUCUUUUCUGCUUCGAUUUGAGGCCGGCAUCGUUUUGGUUGGUUGAUGUGGUUGGGCGGGGGUUGAUUUUGAACGGAUCCUCGGUGGUGGUGAUCACCAUCAUCACUGGGAAUUUUGGAACUUUGUACAGGCUGAGGAAGCAAGAACAGCUCUAGGGCGAAAGGAUAGUGAUAGCGAUUCUAUUUCGAUCUGGAUUC